AUGGGCGGCGAGGGACUGCCCCCCACCUCCGAGACGGUCGCAUAUCCGUCAGCCAAGCGAUAUGCCUGCGAUCGCUGUCGCUCCCACAAGCUGCGCUGCCCACGCGAGAACCCGAGUGUCCAGCAGUCCUGUACCCGGUGCAUUCGGGCGGGUGCGGUGUGUGUGACCAGCGAUGCCAAACCCCUGGGACGACCGUCUCGGGGCGAUCCCCGGCCACUCCCGCCCGCCCCGGCCUCCCACGCCGCAAGGCACCCUUCCCCACCGGUUCCGCGCCGUCCGCAAAGUGUGGACAUGUCCACUUCUCAGCAUCCGACACCGGCAUGGGACCAUGGUCUGUAUCCUUGGAGCCAGUCGACGUUCCCGUCGCUCCCCCCGCUCGAUGACACACCCAUGCUAGAUGGACAGAUGGCCCUGUCGUUCCCACCGAUGGCCACAUAUACACCAGCCCUGACCUCUCCGGUGGCUUGGGUAGAUCCAGUGGAGUUCCAGAACCUCACGAGUGAGUCCACUCGGGAAACAUAUCCCAAGGAAGAGAUGGCUAUCAUACAACCGAGGGACCGGACAGAGGCCGUCCAGCGGCUGACGUCGCUGAGUGGCUCAUUAAAUGCCCUCAUAGACCACCUGAAUACCUUUUCAUGGGACACCGUGUUGGCCAGAAUUGCAUGCCCGAGCCCACCCGAUGGUACAACGAGUGAUUCUCAAAGGAACCCAUUCAAUGAGGCGUUGAAAGACACGGCCGAAUUCGUCGUCAUUCUUCAAGCCUUACAUCAGGGCCCUUCAACCCCUUCCCCUCACCCAGAACAGCGAGGAGUGAGCCCCAGAGGGCCCCAGGAAACAUCUACUAUCUCAACACCAAACACUGGGAGUGGCCAUUCCAACAUGUCGAGGGGAGGAAAUCAACCACGAAUUCCGCCCCUAUCCACGCCAAUAAUCCUCAUGGUCAUCGCGUGUCACAUGCAAAUUCUCCAAAUGUACGACUUCAUCUUCUCACAGAGCCAGGUGACUCUCCAAGCCAUGCCCGAGGAGGAUAUUGCGGGGUUUCGAAUGCUAGACGGGCUGCAGUUGGCUGGAAUACCGCUGUCCCAGGGCCAUCUCCAGCUGAAGAUCCUCAUCCAAGUGAUCGAACACCAGCUACACCAGAUAGAGCGACUGAUGGGAUUACCGGUGGAAUAUCGUGUAGCUGGCCGGAAUCAGUCCUACCCUGGUUUGCUUAGUAGCUCCGAGUCACUGGACUUGCUGCGCGCUUCUAUGAGCCAGACGGAAGGAGGCCACGGAAAAAGUGGCAUGCAGAGUAUUCUAUCACUCAAGGAGAGCAUGAGAAAAGUGCAGCAGAUGCUAUGA